GAGGCUGAGCGCUGACGUCAUGAGUGUGGAUGGAUACAUGCAGUGACUGAAGGAGGCGGAUGGAUACAUACGGUGACUCAAGGAAAUCUCCUCCAUAUGGAACUCUAGAGCCGGAUCUCAAAUGGAUAUUUGUCGCGGUUUUCACACUCGGUCGCUGGCCGAACUACAUUUCUGCGCGGAGGAACAUUGGUGAGAGAAGCAGCAGGCGAACAGGACCGUGACGCAAAACACUUAGUGCUGGACUCGGAGCUGAAGCUAACGCGUUAGCAUCAUCGGCUAACAGACCUGCUAAACACCUCCAUUUAACAGCAACAUUAACACUAACACAAAGUGGACGUGUGUGCAGGUGGAGUUCAGUCAUGGUGUAAAAGAGGUUUGGAUCUAGAUCUCCUUCGUCUCCGUCUCUCCUCCACACCUUCACUAUGUCAGGUAGCUACACUCCGGCUCCUGGAGGUCCGUUCUCUGCCCUCACCCCCAGCAUGUGGCCUCAGGACAUCCUCGCCAAACACCAUCAGAAAGACCAGAAUCUGGACUCAGAACCUCAGUAUGAUGAGUUUGGCUUCCGGAUCAGCAGCGAAGAUGGGGUGGAGGCACGUGAUAGGCUGUGGGAUGAUGGAUCUCCACAGAGAGAAGAUCCCCAGCAGAGGCUACGCUGGCAGGCACACCUGGAGUUCACACACAACCACACAGUGGGAGAUCUCACCUGGGACCUGAUCACCCCCAUCCUGCCCCGCUCCGAUCGUCUCCGCUCGCUCGUCCUGGCCGGAAUACCGCACAGUAUGAGACCUCAGUUGUGGAUGCGUCUGUCAGGAGCUCUGCAGAAGAAAAGGACUUCUGAUAUUUCUUACAGAGAGAUCAUCAAGAACAGCUCCAAUGAUGAUACUACAGCAGCCAAACAGAUAGAGAAAGAUCUUCUCCGCACCAUGCCCACUAAUGCGUGUUUCAGUACCCUGAGCAGUGUGGGAGUUCCGCGCCUCAGACGGGUUCUUAGAGGACUGGCUUGGCUUUACCCUGACAUUGGGUACUGUCAAGGCACUGGCAUGGUCGUCUCAUGCUUGUUGCUGUUCCUGGAGGAAGAAGAUGCUCUGUGGAUGAUGUGUGCUUUAAUCGAGGACCUGCUGCCUCCAUCUUACUUCUCCUCCACCCUGCUGGGGGUGCAGACGGACCAGCGUGUCCUGCGCCAGCUCAUCGUCCAGUACCUGCCCCGCCUGGACCGUCUUCUGCAGGAGCAUGACAUCGAACUUUCCCUCAUCACUCUGCACUGGUUCCUCACCUCAUUUGCGAGUGUGGUGGAUAUCCGGGUUCUACUCCGCAUCUGGGACCUGCUCUUUUAUGAAGGUUCUCUGGUGCUUUUCCAGGUGACUCUGGGCAUGCUGAAGAUCAAGGAGGAAGAGCUGGUGUCCUCAGAGAACUCGGCGUCCAUCUUUAACACGCUGUCAGACCUGCCGAGUCAGCUGGAGGACGGGGCCAUGGUGCUGGGAGAGGCAGUGAGACUGGCAGGGUCUCUCUCUCAGGACACACUCGACGCUCAGAGACACAAACACCUCGCUUAUAUCCUGGCUGAACAAACACAGCUCAACUCCAACAACACACUCACACUCAACACCAGUCUCAAUAAGGUGGUUCGGAGGCAGAGUCUGCGCAGGAAGUCCACACUGAGCUCACUGCUGUUUGGUGAGGACGAGGCAGAGGCACUCAAGGCCAAAAACAUUAAACAGACUGAGCUGGUGGCUGUGCUCAGGGAAGCCAUCGCUCGAACUGCAGAACACUUCCACUGUCUAGACCCUGACCACUGCACCACGGACCUGACCCCAGACUACUCCAUGGAGAGUCAUCAGCGGGACCAUGAGAACUUUCUGGUGGUAUCUCGGAACCGCAGGAGACGAGCUAAAGCACUGCUGGAUUUUGAGCGCCAUGACGACGAUGAAUUGGGUUUUAGAAAAAAUGACAUCAUCACUAUCGUGUCUCAGAAGGACGAGCACUGCUGGGUAGGAGAGCUGAACGGUCUGAGAGGAUGGUUUCCAGCUAAAUUUGUGGAAAUCCUGGAUGAACGGAGUAAAGAGUAUUCUCUGGCAGGUGAUGACUCUGUAACAGAAGCUGUAACUGAUUUGGUUCGUGGAACACUGUGUCCUGCUCUAAAGGCCAUUUUUCAGCACGGUCUGAAGAAGCCCUCUAUACUGGGUGGUCCCUGCCACCCCUGGCUGUUCAUCGAGGAGGCAGCAAGCCGGGAGGUGGAGAGAGACUUUAACUCGGUUUACUCCAGACUGGUUCUGUGUAAAACCUACAGGUUAGAUGAAGAUGGGAAAGUUCUCACCCCUGAGGAGCUGCUGUACAGAGCUGUACAGAGUGUUAAUAUGACUCACGACUCUGCACACGCUCAGAUGGACGUCAAGUUCCGAUCGCUCAUAUGUGUGGGACUGAAUGAGCAGGUACUGCACUUGUGGUUGGAGGUUCUAUGUUCCAGUAUCUCAACAGUAGAGAAGUGGUAUCAGACCUGGUCUUUCCUACGCAGUCCAGGCUGGGUGCAGAUCAAGUGUGAGCUCAGAGUCUUGUCCAAGUUUUCCUUCAGUCUCUCUCAGGACUGUGAACUUCCUUCCAAAAAAGAGAAGUCUCCCAUUCUGAAAGCAGAAGUGGUGGACGUCUUGGUGCAACAUCACCUCUUUAGUUGGGAUCUUUAGGAAAAGGAGCAGAGACCCCUGAAGGAGGGAGUUCAGGACAUGCUUGUUAAACAUCACCUCUUCAGCUGGGACAUCGAUGGAUAGAUAAACACCAUACACACACACACACACACACACACACACACACACCUGUUUACAUAGCAGACAUCACAUGUAAACAACUUUAUAUAACACUGAUGAAUUAGUGAGUGUGUGUGUGUGUGUUCACGUAGCAGAACAUCUAAGCUGUGGUCUCAACAUUUCUUCAAGGAUUUGAAUGAUGUUCCUCUGCUGGAGAACACGGAGAACCGAGCAUGCUCAAAGCGAUUUCUACAUUUCCAUGGACAUUUGUCUCCAUCACACGCACACACACACACACACACACACACACACACACACACACAGUUCCUGAUUUAUUUCUGUUGAAGUUGCAGUGUUUGUGUAGGACGUCAGCGUGAAGCCUGAGCUCAGUGUGUAUAAUGCAAAUGAACUGAAAUCUCUCGUUCGUGUGUUUUGCUCAUUUCAGGGUUUUUUUCAUGACUGAUGUAAAAGUGUGUUGAUGAAAAUCAGCUGAUGAUGAUGAUGAUGAUGAUGAUGCUCCUUUUGUGAGGAGUUUAGAGUGUUUGUAAACAUGCUUCUGUUGGACAUCUCUGUCCUGUGCACAUCUCUCUCUCUCUCUCUCUCUCUCUCUCUCUAGUUGAAGUGUAAUCAGUCUUUAAGUGUGUGACUGUAAAGGUUUUUCUCUGGGGUCUUUGUCAGCUUUAUCACGUCCCCUGUGACCUGCAGAGAUCAGUGUUGUUCUUCAGCAGGUUCCAGCGGGAUACAGGACUGAGCUCUACUCUGGUCCCUUAAUAAAUAAUCACUGAUCAGG